GGUUGUACGCUCAGCAAGCGAUACGUUACGUGAAAAUAUUUUUCGUAACGUAUUUUAUUUCUAGUUGAACAUGGCUAAAAGGAAGAAUAAACCCCUGAUUGACUCCGACUCCAGCAGCGAUUGCUCAGAUUUGGACUCUCAAUUUUUAAAUUUGGCCAAAAAGAAGAAGAAACCCGAUGAGUCCCCACAACAGAAGUCCAAAAGCAAAUCUGGUAGUGAAUCGGACUGGGAUGAUGACGAUAAGAAGCAAAGUAAAUCAUCAUCAUCCUCCUCAUCAUCAGACUCAAACAGUGAUUCAGACAGUGACACAUCCAAGAAGAAAGAACCGGCUAAAACUAAUAGGAAGAACUCAUCCGACAAAGACACAGAAGAAAAGAAAAAGCCGGAGAAGAAAGAGGCUUCUAAACCUGCAGAAGGAAAGAAAGAUGUUUACAGCGAACCCGAAGAAGGUGAAGUAUCAUCACAUUCUUCGGACAAUGAUUCUAUAGACUCUGAGGAAGAGUUUGAUGAUGGUUACGAUGAAAAUCUCAUGGGUGAUGAGGAAGAUCGUGCGAGGCUUGCCGCCAUGUCGGAGAAGGAGAGAGAACAGGAGAUAUUCAAGAGGAUAGAGAGGAGAGAUUUGAUGAAGACUAGAUGGGAGAUAGAACGCAAGCUGCGUCUCGCGCGCCGCUCGGCCGCGGAGCGCGGGGCUUCGCCCGGGGAGCUGUCGCGGCGGCGGGAGGCGCGCCGGCGACGACGGCAGCAGAAGAUGAUGAGACAGAAGCCCCCACCUACUGAGAAACCAUCAGAAGAACCUAAGGAACCAGAAAAAGAGAAAGAAAAAACACCCCCUAGUCCCGGUGAAAUUAACGACGAUUCAAAUAAGACAGAAGACGCCGAAGUCGAGCGUUCAGCCUCCCCGUUGUUCGGAGCGAAGACCGAACGUAAACGUAACGUGGACGACCGCAGACUGACAGCUAUGGCGGCUUUACGAGCUCAGCGAGACGCCAGGGCAGUGCGAGUCGAGAACCAGCAGAAGAUGCAGCAGAAACAGAAGGGGGAUGAUGAUGAUGGAGAGGAAGACAUAAUAGGGGGGACGAGUAAACAGAGUGUGAAGUUGAAAGCCUCAGACAUCUACUCCGAUGACUCCGGCUCGGACUCUGAUGAUAAUAAGAGUACAGGUCGUCGCAGCUCAACCAGCUCAUCGUCAUCAGACACGGAGGAGCCGCGGGAGAGAAGAGAGAGGGAGAGAGAGAGAGAGGUGGAGGUGAAAUACGCCGACACCGCCGACCAGAUGAACAAGAUACGGCUGAGCAGGUUCAAACUGGAGAAGCUAGUGCAUCUGCCGUUCUUCGCUCGCGUGGUGAAAGGCUGCUUCGUCCGCAUCGGCAUUGGGAAUAAUAAUGGCAAUCCUGUGUAUAGGGUAGCGGAAAUAAUCGACGUGUACGAGACCGCCAAAGUCUAUAAUCUGGGUAACACGCGCACCAACCGCGGACUGAAACUGCGGCACGGCGCGCAAGAUCGAGUGUUCAGAUUGGAGUUUGUUAGCAAUCAGGAGUUCACAGAAAGCGAGUUUCAGAAAUGGUACAAAGCGAUAAAGGACGCGAACAAGAAACCGCCCACCAUGGACUUCGUGCGAUCCAAGAACAAUGAAGUCAAAGAGGCUUUGUUGUAUGAGUUUAAGGAAGAAGACGUAGAGAAGAUAGUAGCGGAAAAGGAGAGAUUUAGAUCACAUCCCACCAACUACGCCAUGAAGAAAACACAACUCAUGAAAGAGAGAGACGUAGCACAGUUGAGGGGUGACGAGGAACUAGUGAUGGAUCUCAACAGCAAGAUCCAAGAGUUGGAGGACCGAGCGAGUCAGCUGGACAAGACUCGGACUUCAUCUAUCCAGAGCAUAUCGUACAUUAACAACCGGAACCGGAAGUUGAACGUGGAGACCGCUGAGAAGGCGAUUAUGGAGGAGGUGAAAGCCAUGAAAGGCAAGAAGAUAGACGAUCCGUUCACCCGCCGACACACGAAGCCCGUCAUGAACUUCAAGUCCCAUCAGGGGACGCGCUCUCAGGAAUUACAAAAGAAUGAAGAAGCAGCCGCAGAGGAACAGAAGAAGAAAGAAGAAGAAGAGAAAGCGGAUAAAGAGAGAGAGGAGAUGCAGCGAUUGAUCCAAAGCGACAGCGCGGCGAGCGAGCCGAAGUCCACAGACAACACCAGCCUGUACUCGCUGCACGACUUCGACAUCAACAUCGACAUCGACCUGCCUAUACCCAAAGCGGUGUCCAGUCAGCCGAAGCAACUCAACGUGAAAGUGAAAGAGACUGGCCCCAAACGGUCACUCAAUUUAGAAGAGUACAAAAAACGCCACGGACUCAUAUGAGUGUUACUGGAAGUGAAGUGAAGUGACUAUAGU